GCAGCCGCUGAGGCCGCAGAUGGGCGCCCUGAGCAGCGGAGACAACAGCAUGGAGUGGUACGAAGAGGUGCGGCCUUUCCACCUCGAGUGGGAGCGGUUGGCCUUGGAAACGCUCGCGAUGUGUGAACGCGCGCGACGAGCUUGGCGCGAACUUGGCCAGGCAAUGGCUGCCGCGGGCUACGAGGAUGCCUGGAAGCAGAGCUCCCAGUAUUACCGCGAGUACUGGCAAUGGCACUUGGAACAG